CUCAUCUUCCUCCACGCAACAUGAGAAUCACCUUGGGUGUCCUAGCCGGGGCCACCACCCUCGCCCUCUCCCAGGCAUCCAGUCUCGCCGACGUCUGCACCACCAGCCACGCCAAAGCGUCCCUGCCGAGCAGUGCCGAUAUCGACGGACUCCAAAUCGACUCGUCAUCCAUCACGGCCCGUGCCGUCUACAACGCCUCAUUUUCCAGUUCCUAUUUCUUCCCCGCCUCGUCGUUCAGUUACUGCAAUGUCACGCUCUCCUAUACCCGGCCGGGUCUGGAUACGCCGUACCUGCUCGAACUCUGGUUGCCCGCCCCGAAGGACUACCAGAACCGGUGGUUGUCUACCGGUGGGGGCGGGUUCGCUAUCAACUCCGGGACUAGCUCCCUGCCCGGGGGUGUGAUGUAUGGCGCGGCAGCCGGUAUCACGGAUGGCGGGUUCGGGAGCUUUGAUACGCAAUUUGAUGCCGUGUUUCUGGAAGCCAACGGCACCAUCAAUUACCAGGCGCUGUACUCGUUCGGGUACCUCGCUCACCACGAAUUGAGUGUGGUCGGCAAGGCGUUCAGUCGGAAUUUCUAUGGUGUGGGUGACGCCAAGAUCUACGCCUACUACCAGGGCUGCUCCGAGGGUGGUCGCGAAGGCUGGAGUCAGGUGCAACGCUACCCUGAUGAAUGGGACGGUGCGGUCAUUGGGGCUCCGGCCUUCCGGUACGGACAACAGCAGGUGAACCAUCUGUACCCGAACGUGGUGGAACACACCAUGGGGUAUUACCCACCGACGUGUGAAUUGGAGAAGAUUGUCAACUUGACCAUCGCCGCCUGCGAUGCGUUGGAUGGUCGCGUCGAUGGGGUGGUCAGUCGUACGGAUCUCUGCAAACUGCACUUUAACGUCAACUCCACUGUCGGGGCCCCCUACUCCUGCCCCGCAUCCACCAGCACGACCGUGCUGAAGAAGCGCACCUCGAUGAGCAACUCCACCCCCGCGCAAAAUGGCACGGUUUCUGUCCUGGGUGCCGCCGCGGCAAGUAAGAUGCUGGAUGGUCUCCGCACCCUCGAUGGCCGUCGUGCGUACAUCUGGUAUCAACCCUCGUCUACCUUUGACGAUGCCGACACCCAGUACAACUACGACACCGACCAGUGGGAGCUGGAUAUCACCUCGUUGGGCGGCGAGUGGGUGGCGCGCUUCUUGGAACUGCGCGAUGCCGACAACCUGUCCACUCUGGAUAACGUCACGUACGACACCUUGAAGGAGUGGAUGGAGCUAGGCUGGCAGCGCUACGAGGAUAGUCUCCAAACCACCUGGCCGGAUCUGACCCCGUUCCAAUCUGCCGGAGGCAAGGUCAUCCACGUGCAUGGCGAGUCCGAUCCCAGUAUCCCGACCGGGUCAUCCGUCCACUACCACGAAUCGGUCCGACAGAUCAUGUAUCCGGGCCUAUCCUUCAACGAGAGUUCCCAGGCGCUGAACGAAUGGAACCGGCUCUAUUUGAUCCCCGGCGCUGCACACUGCGCGUCCAGCACGACACAGCCCAAUGGACCCUUCCCCCAGACCACGCUCGAGACGCUCAUCCAGUGGGUGGAGGGCCACGUCUUCCCGACCCGGUUGAAUGCGACAGUCCUGGCCGGCGAGCGGGAGGGCGAACAGCAGGAAUUGUGUGCGUGGCCGCUACGGCCGUUGUGGAAGAACAAUGGCACGGUCAUGGACUGUGUGUUUGAUCAGGCGUCGUAUCAGACUUGGGUGUAUGAUUUUGAUGCGUAUAAGUUGCCGUUGUAUUAG